AUGGCCCAGCCUACGAACCCAGAUUUGCAAUUACAUGCUCCCGAGCACAAGAAAAAGGAGUGUGACAAUGCAAGAAAGGCUAGAGACAAUGCUAGCGACGUUCUCAUAGCAUUCGACCAAGGACAGAGGAGCUACCUCCCAAGACCAGCACUCAUCAAAAAUGUGCAAGACGCCGCGGAGCACGUGAAGCAGGUCGACGAGGAGUGGGAUACUGCGAAACAAAGACGCGAUGACCCUAAUAUUCGUGCUCCUGGAGCGUAUUGGCCUCAAUUCGAAUGA